AUGAAGUACAGAAAAGCGGGUACACGGACUGGCUGUCAAGCAAUGGUUCGCUAUGCUAUUGAUCUUGAUGGCAACUGGACCAUAAAGAAAUUUGUUGAAAGUCAUAACCAUCCCUUGGCGGAAUCCGAUGACAAGCACCUUCUACGUUCCAGUCAAAAGAUUAGCGAGUUAAAUGCAAAUUUACUAAGAUUAAUGACAAGUUCUGGGAUUAGAGCAGCUGAUGCAUUCAAUUUCCUUGCAACAGAGGUUGAUGGUGUUGAAAACUUGGAGUGCACUAAACAAGAUGCAUACAACUUCAUUCAAAGGGAUAAAAGAAGCAGAAUUGAACAGGACGAUGUCAACUCUCUCUUACAAUUAUUCAUGGAGCGCCAAAAUGAAAAUAGCAUUUUUGCAUGGGAUUUCCAAAGUGAUGACGAGGGUAGACUUACAAGCUUUUUCUUGAGUGAUGGGUCUUGCAGUCUAGAUUAUGAUUUUUUUGGAGAUGUCAUCAUUUUCGACACUAGCUACCGUUUGAAUAAGUAUAAUUUAUGUUGUGCUACUUUCGUUGGGAUAAACCACCAUCAGCAAAAUGUUUUAUUCAGAGUUGGUUUUUUAUUUGACGAGACGAUAGAAUCGUUCAAAUGGUUAUUCAAAACCUUCAUUCAUAUAAUGGAUGAUAAGCAUCCAAUUACAAUGUUUACAGACCAGGAUCAAACGAUGGCAAGAGUUAUUGCAGAUUGUCUUCCAUUCACAAGACAUAGAUUAUGCCAACGGCAUAUCUAUAAGAAAUUCUCGUCGAAAGUUCAUUGCGGUGUGACGUACAAGAGCGUUAACAAUCUAUUUUAUAAAUGCAUGAGCAAGUGUGAUUCGGAAGAUGAGUUUGAAGUUACUUGGGCUCUAAUGAUCGAGCAAGGAAAACUGCACAACAACAUGUGGCUAGAUGCAUUGUACCGUAUAAGACAUAACUGGUCAACUGCAUUCAAUAAAGAAUUUUUUGGAAUGGGAAUCUUGUCUACUCAAAGAAGUGAGUCCACAAAUAGUGUCUGUCAUGGUGCAUCUAAGCCCACUAGUUCCCUAACAGAUUGCUUUCUGGGGCUAGAAAAUAUUAUGAAGGCAUGGAGAAGGAACGAAAAGGAUGAAGUCUUCAAAAGUUUUCAAAAUGUUAUUACACCGACAGUUAAAACAAACCCAGUGUUGAGGCAAGCUGCGACAUAUUGUACCCGAAAACUCUACUCUAUGUUUGAAGAGUUACUUCACGGUCUAUGUGGAUUGACAGUCAAUUCCUCAGUUGAGAGUCCAUCCGAAUUCUAUGUUAGAGGUUUGGAUAAUCAGGACACAAGUAGAGUCUGGCUUGUUAUAUUUGAUAGGCUUAAUUGCGACAUCACCUGCAGUUGCAAGAAAUUCAAAAUGACAGGUCUGCUUUGCUCUCACUGUCUACACGUCCUUAAUGCUAAUAAUAUAGCAAAGAUUCCCGAGAAAUAUUUAUUAUUCAGAUGGUCUGCUAAGGCAAAGAAAUAUAUCUAUAAUAGUUUUGGAUACAAACAUAUGAAAAACUCUCGAGCUCAAAUGUCUGGCACAACAUCCAGAGGAAUCAUAUUUCGGCACAUGCUCAAAAGUUUGUCUAUCAAUUAA